GUUAUGGGCGGACAAUGGUACGAUGCAAACAUCUCUCUUCCAGGUUGUGAUAAAAACAUGCCAGGUUGUUUAAUUGCAAUGGGACGUGUUAAUCGGCCGUCACUUAUGGUAUACGGUGGAACAAUUCGUGCUGGAAAAUCUCAUUGUGGUCAAGGCCCUUUAGACGUCAUUUCAGCAUUUCAAUCCUAUGGUUCCUAUGUUGCCGGCUCCAUCAAUGAGGAACAAAGGUUGGAUAUUAUAAGACACGCGUGCCCUGGUGCUGGCGCUUGUGGUGGGAUGUAUACUGCUAACACAAUGGCCUCGGCAAUUGAAGUAAUGGGAAUGACACUUCCCUACAGUUCGUCAACGCCCGCGGAAGAUCCAGCAAAACUAGAGGAAUGCCUCAAUGCUGGCCAUGCAAUACGUAAUCUACUUGAGAAAGACAUCAAACCAUCAGAUAUUAUGACUCGUAAAGCCUUUGAAAACGCGAUGGUUGUCACAAUGAUAUUGGGUGGAUCGACUAACGCUGUGUUGCAUUUGAUUGCGAUCGCGAAAUCCGUGGGUAUUUCAUUGUCUUUAGAUGAUUUUCAGAAAGUCAGUGAUAGGAUACCGUUUUUAGCAAAUCUGAAGCCAAGCGGUAAAUAUGUCAUGGAGGACUUACAUAACAUCGGUGGCAUACCAGCAAUCUUAAAAUACCUCUUAGAAAAUGAUCUGAUCCACGGUGACACUUUAACCGUAACGGGUAAAUCCCUCGCUGAAAACCUAGAAUCCGUUCCGGCGAUAUCAUUUGAAUCUCAAGAUAUUAUCCUUCCUCUUUCAAAACCUAUUAAACCUACUGGGCAUAUUCAAAUAUUAAGAGGAAACCUGGCUCCAGAAGGAUCGGUUGCAAAGAUCACAGGUAAAGAAGGAUUAAUGUUUUCGGGCAUAGCAAAAGUUUUUGAUGGGGAGCAAGAUAUGUUGAAGGCGUUUGAGCGUGGGGAGAUUACCAAAGGACAGGUGAUUAUUAUUCGGUACGAAGGACCUAAGGGUGGUCCAGGCAUGCCUGAAAUGUUGACCCCCACAAGUGCGAUCAUGGGUGCAGGGCUUGGUCAAGAUGUCGCUUUGCUAACAGAUGGAAGAUUUUCUGGUGGCAGCCAUGGCUUCAUUAUCGGACACGUAACGCCUGAGGCACAAGUUGGUGGUCCGAUUGCAUUGGUACGCGAUGGCGAUAAAAUAGUAAUUGAUGCAGAAAAGAAAUCAAUUAAUGUAGAAAUAAGUGAUGAUGAAUUAUCGAAGAGACGAGAGGAAUGGAGUGCGCCGCCGUACAAGGCAACAAAAGGAACUCUAUAUAAGUAUAUUAAGAACGUGAAGACAGCUACAGAAGGAUGUGUAACUGAUGAGUAG